AUGCUAGACUCCCUGGUGGGAGCCGCGAGGGAGAAGGUACAUAACGCCGCGGCUUCCACUGCAGAGAUGUUGGCAGCAGAAUCAACAGCCAUGCCUUCUCUCAAGACCCUCAGCAAGAUCGCCCUCGGUGGUGCGCAAGUCAUCCUCGGCCAUGGAGGACGCGUCAUGGGCGACUUUACCCAAAGCUGCCCCAAUGCUCAAUUGAGCUGCCACAACACCACCGCCGUGGAGAACCUGUGCUGCUUCAAUGCGCCGGGCGGACAGAUUCUACAGACGCAGUUCUGGGAUGCUUCGCCUGCCACUGGACCAGAGGAUAGCUGGACCAUCCACGGUCUAUGGCCCGACCGAUGCGACGGCACCUAUGACGCCAACUGCGACUCCUCGCGCGCCUACUCCAACAUCACUGCCAUCCUCAACUCCUUCGGCGCGACCGACCUUCUUUCCUACAUGUCCACAUACUGGAAAGACUACAAGGGCGACGAUGAGUCCUUUUGGUACCACGAGUGGGCCAAGCACGGCACCUGUAUCUCGACGCUCGAGCCCGAAUGCUACGACGACCACAAAGCCACAGAGGAGGUGGUUGACUUCUUCCAAAAGACUGUCGACCUCUUCAAGACGCUCCCAAGUUACGAGUGGUUGAGCGCAGCGGGCAUCACACCCAGCACAAGCAAGACAUACACAUUCGCUGCCAUCCAAAGCGCGAUCCAGGCCAAGCGCCCCGGUGUCGAAGUUACCCUAGGCUGCAAGUCCGGCGCACUCAACGAGAUCUGGUACCACUACGAUGUUCGUGGUAGCGUGCAGACUGGCGAGUUUGUUGCUUCAGACCCCGAUGGCACAAAAUCGACAUGCCCCCAGACGGGCAUCAAGUACCUCCCCAAGAACGCUGGAUCCUCACCUCCGUCUACCACCACGACUGCUGGUGGACCCGCACCCACAUCUGCGCCUGGAACGCCUUUCAGCGGUAAGGGCUACCUCAACGUUGUCGUCAACGGCGCGAAGAAGGGAUGUAUCAUUUCCAAGGGCACCUGGUACACAACCGGCACCUGCGCGACUUUCACCGCUGCCGAGGCAGACAACGGCUUCACUUUGUCGAGCUCCAAGGGCAAGUGUGGCAUCGUUGGUGGAGCGCUAGCUUGCGACGGCUCUGCCAGCGUGACUGGGUUCACAAACGCGGACGGUAACUUGGCUGCUGGCGGCAACGCGCAAUGGAGUGCCGACAAGAUUGCGUCGGGAAGUACACAGCAGACUGUGUACGCUGGCGGAGAUCACUCCGCUACCUUUUCCAUUACCUGGCAGUCGGCGUAA